AGAAUUCUGUAUAUAAACACCGGCGUGUUGCCUAACAGAGCGCAGUAUACAUAACAUAAAUUAACCAAUUGAUAAACGGAAGUCUUGUAAAUUAAUUAAUCAUUUUGUUGUACUUCCUAUACAGAAGAACAAUGCCUUUAUCAUUCGACAUGUAUGUCGCAUCAGUGUUGCUAAUCUGCGCUUUCAUUUCGCAAGCCCAAGCGUUAGUCUGCGGAUUUGGCUACACAAGCUGCAACAAUGUCGCCUGCUACCGACCGUCCGCCGGGGAGCAGUGUUUCACGGGCGGCUUGGUUUGCGGAUUCGGUUACAGUGCGUGUGGACGCACGUGUUACCGACCAUCCAACGGAGAGAGCUGCAGUGACGGGGUAGUAUGUGGUUUCGGCUACCAGCGCUGUGGAUCGACGUGCUACAAGCCAUCCGAUGGGCAGACCUGUUCCAAUGGGGUCAUUUGCGGGUUCGGAUAUCAACGGUGUGGAACGACCUGCUAUAAGCCAUCCAACGGCGAAACCUGCACGAACGGGAUAGUGUGCGGUUUCGGCUACAGUGUGUGUGGCAAUACCUGCUAUAAGCCGUCAGCUGGGCAAACGUGCUAUGGAUAAUUUAUAUUUCAUGUCGUAUAUGUAUACUGUAUUUCAUACGUAUCUCUGUAUUUCAUGUCGUUUUCAUUUUAAUAUGGAUUUAUUUGGUGAACGUUGAUAACAUUUCUGACUUUUUGUUAUACAGUGCUUAAUUUCUGCAAAAUGUCACUAGAGUGAAUCCGGCCACUGUGUGCGCUUUUACGGUAUUGCUGUGCGUUUUUAAUAAGUCCCAAAAUAGUACCGUAUAGACACAACAAUAAUUACACGGCAUGUGAUGUGCAUUUUUAGCGCCACUUAUAUGGUUGCACGUAGUGCUGCAAAAUAAAACGUGAA